AUGCCUACAGCUAGCAUUUCCACAGUGAAAAGAAGAUGUUUAGCACCUCAUUCAGGCCACAACAACAGCCGACACUAUUUCAACGAGGCGAAAAUAAAAUUUGGGAAAGUACCAGACACAGGUACCAGCAUUCCUUCUGUCAACAUUCAGUAUUGUAGAGCAUUUGCAAAAAUGGAGCAAAGAAGGCCAUUUCGCUUUGACGAAAGAUUCCCUCAUCUCCGUGAAUAUUCUACAAUUAACAGCACCGAUGCAAAGGCUCCAGUCAUUCUGGGAUCGAAAAACUCAUUCAAAGUCGGUCGGUCAUGGAUGAGUUACGUUAGUGAAGAUGAUCGAUGGAGUCCCUUGCAAGAAAAGGAUGAAGUUUCUUCGGAUUGUACCAAAAGGGACAAGGCUGUUGAUGACAAGGUUGUGCCACUUCAAGCGCUGCCUUGCCACGACUACCACUCAGGAAGAGAUGUAAUAGUUCCAAACACGAAUCUAUUCAUAGAGAAGACAUUCAGUGUGGAUAGUCAUAGUGGACGCGAGUCUGUGUGUUGGUCAGGGACAAAACUGGCCGUCAUCGUUUCUCCAAAAUUUGAAUACUCUAGUGGAGCACUCACGCAUGUGAAUGAGCGCUAUCAACUUCGGCGGUUCGGCGACGAGGAAGUAAAGAUGAAAAUGACACUUGCUCACACCGAUGUUCCCUCAGUUUCACUCCGAUACCUACUUGGAGAAAUACUUUCUUGGCUGCAGUCUGUUAAAGGAAAAGACAACCUGAAAAACUAUGUGACCGACGUUGAUGCAACAGAGGCAUCGAAACUAUCCACGUUUCUUAGAAGUUUGUCAAGACGUCUUAUCCAAGUGCCAACCCCACCACUGUCCCUUAUUCCGAUUUACGAGAAGAAUCCGUCACAAAUGUUGGAGAAGCUUCUACAUACCUUACAAAAAGAAAGGCUGCAGCAGUUAUCCAUUCAAGUCAAUGAUUUGGCGACUGGAACGGAACAAGAGGCGUAUGAACUCAUGCUCGCUAUGAAAAACGCUCUCACACAAGAUGGAUUAGAAGAAUGUGCAUUUGAAGUAGAGAACGUGGGUCGAAUUAAAUUCAUUAAUGCUUUCCAAAGAGUCAUUGAUCAUGUCAUCAUUAGGACAAGCGGUUUCCCGCUAAAUGAACUAGGCACAAGUUAUGUAACACUAGAUGGAUUGUCCUGUUUGCAAAGAACUACUAAACUGAUGGAUGACUUUUCAAUUGGCCCAAACGCCAAUAAAGAGAUGGUUUACUUGAGGGAGAUGAAUGGAGCAUCUUUAAUGUUGGAAAUUGCAGAACGCCUGGAGUUAAGUGAGGAUCUUUUCCUUGAGGACAACAUUGAUCAAGCCUCUGCCUCAUCUCUGGAUGUCAUAGAGCUGUUGUCAAGCUAUGAAUGCCUUGCCGACGGACGAGAAAUCUAUUUAGCCUGCGAACCAAGGCCUUUUAACUAUCGCCUAGUAGAUGGAGGACCAGAUCAGAAGCAGUCGAAUCUUGCAACAAAAAUCGCAGCAGCAAUAGAAUUCCGCAUGGAAUUGAACGCCCAUGCUUGUAUCCAAAGAAGAGCGGAAAGGGACAGUGUGGCUAAUGAAGCAGAGAGGGGAAAUUCAAUGUUGGGUCGUGCUGCUUCAAUAGGAUCCUCCAUCUCAAAUACCACCUCCAAGACUGCUGAAGAUUGUAUAACGAAGCUAGAAGGCGACUUGCAGGAAAGAUCUGUUGACCAAGAUGAAAUUAAGAAAAUUAAAAGCAUAGCCACCUCACUAGGCGAUGAGUUCCUGGCAGAAAUGAAUAUGUGGUACGGGGCUAAAGAACUAGCCAGUAGAUGGAAUGGCUUUCCCUGUUUUGGCAAAACCAUUUUUGCCAAAACUCCUUUGAGCUUUUAUCAACUUCCACUGUCUCACCUUCUGGAGGCUGAUAUCCAAGCGUACUGUAAAGCUAGUAGAGAGGACAAGGAAACAUCCGAAAGAUUCGAUUGGAUCCGUCAAAACCUCAAAUGGUAUGACCAACAUGCUCAAAUUUCAACAAGUGGCUACUACGAGGAAAGAAGAGCAUGCGGUGAUACAAAUUGUUGUGGCACAAGAAUGUUGCCCCUUGGUGUACCCCAGACACCAAAACCAUCAACAACGAACAUAAAACACUACGAAAAUUCAAGAUUGGUACAAGAACUUUUGAAUGAUGAGGAAGCAUUGGAAAUCAGACUAGCUGGCCUUAACCUAUUCGCAGAAAUUCCUGUAGAUGAAGAGCGCUAUCGUCAAAUGGACUAUUUUUACCAUCGAAUGCUCUUGAAGUUGUGUUUACGCACAGACACGGCUUGA